AUGAUAUCAGCAGUAAAUUCAUUUCAUCCAAAGAAGAAACAUUAUUAUCGUCGUAAUCAUCAUCAUCACCAUCAUAAUCGUCAUCGUCAUCGUACGAUGCCACAAUUACGACAUCAACCAUCGAAUUCUGUCUUCAUGACAGCAUCAUCACGAACUGCUACCCAACAAUCUCAAUCUCAUCCAAGAUCUUCGCCACAAAUUUAUCCAACAACUGCUACAUUUAAUAAUGAUGAUAAUGAUAAUAAUAAUCCUCAACCAAACAAUAAUGAUAAUCUUUCACAUCAACAAUGGUUAGUAAAUAUUUCACUGUUACUUUCUUUCGUUUGA